AUUAAAGGAUCAACUCGGAUGGAUGAAAUAAGGAAACCCCGAUAUUUAAAGGUCCUUCAAUGAUUACUUUUGACACGGUAUCCAAAUAAAAAUGAUUUAUCACCGGUGAGUGAAUGAAGCGCGGCUGGAACUGCAGUUUACUUAAAAUGUGUUUAAACUGCAAAUAGGGAACUAACUUUAAAAACGGGAUGGUCCAUCUUUUUCCGUAAGUAAAUCUGAACAGUCGAAUGAUAUUUACAUCCAUACGUCGGAGUGUAUUUAUUGUAAUAUUAUGGAAGGUGAGAUGAAUGAAUACAGCAGUAGCCCACAAAACGAUGCUUUCGCUGGGGAGGAACGCAGUGAAACGACCUGUAAUGUAACGGAGGAUCCGAUCACAAGCCCCGCCGGACCGUGGACCAGCCGCGGGGCUCUGGCGCGGCUGUCGAGAUAUGGGAAGCAUAUUCUGCCCAAUUCCUUCUCGCGUAGGUCGGGAUUACAGAGGCAGCUGGAGGUGAGUGACUCGACCCCGGGCGCUCUGCAUGGGUACUCCGCUGACGCUCCGGAGAGAGGGUCGCUCACUCCAGCUAUGCGUAAGAAAUACCUGAAGGAAUUACUGUUCAAUAACACGUCAAAUACUGGAUUUGGUGGCGUUCUUUCAACGAAUACGAGCACGUCUUCGAGGGAUGAGCAAGACACCCAGCGAUCGGAUUGGGCUUUAUAUCCGAUGGAGCACGCCUGGAUGAUGUCCGCUGUGGAUGGAAACUAUGAAGCCAUAUUUGAAUUUAUUGCUGACGAUCCAUACUUACUGACCAGGAAGGACUUUAUUAGUGGCUUCUCUGUUCUCCACUGGUUGGCCAAGAGUGGACACGGUGAGACUUUGACUAAACUUUUAAAACACGCGGAAAACGUGGGAAGUCCAGCCGAUGUGAAUCUGAGAGGCAGCGGGGGUCUGACCCCCCUGCACGUCGCCAGUAUGCACAGCCAGUUCAUGGUUGUUAAACUGCUAGUCGGUGCCUUCGGUGCGAAAGUUGACGUGAUGGACUACAAUGGCAAGAGAGCCUGGCAGUAUCUGAAGGGAAACGCCCCACUGGAGAUGAAGGAGCUGCUGGGUGCGUGGGAUGAGGAGCAUAACACGGACUACGCGCAGAACGCCAACAACAGUGCAUCGUGUACGCCAAACCCGACCCCAAGUGUGGACCCCCGGUUGGACGAGGUGGACUCGCUUAACAGGACCAGAGCCGAGGGUCGGCUUGUCACAACUUUAAGAGACGUGUUCCAGGCUUUCAAUUUCUGGGGGAAUAAAUGAGAUGACAUUUGACCCUUUCAAACCAGAGGACGCCGAAAUCAUACAAAGAAAGUGUGGAUCAUUUUCUUAAGAACUUAAUUGAGAAGGCUAGUAUAUUCUUUAACCCUUCAUAAAGGACAUACUUCUUCACUACCAUUAACUGGCGUCACCUUUCCCAUGAUUGUUUGCUGUUUGCAGUCUCACUUUAAAGUCGUCCUGUGUCUGCCCAGUACCAAAAUGUUAAUGAAAGAUGUUCUUGAGUGCAUGUCACGUGUUGAUUCACAGAUAUUAAAAUCCAAGCUGACAGCAUUCCAGUCAUGUAAUCAGAUUCUAAUUCCUAACAGCCAUCUCUUCAUAGCCGUGUCAGUUUCCUCAGAAAAAGUCAAGGAAAGGUUAACCUAACGAAGAAUAGCACAACAAGGUGGCUGAGUCAGACAUUUUUUAUUGUCAAACACAACCAUAUCCAGAGUAUUUGUACAUAAAGACUGUUGAUCCAGCGAACACUGCCUCCUCCCCGGAGCCCGGCCCAGCAGAGGGUCCUGAAGGAUGGUCGAUGGGGACGGCGGGGUGGGUGGGCAGUGGUAGGUUUACAGGCCAAGCUUUGUCCUCCUCCAGUGUCUCCUCUUGGAAUUGUACCUGUGGAACGCAUAGGAGGCGGAUUAGUGGUAAAAAGUUAGAUUACAACUUUUAGCAUAUUGUGAUGUCCCGAAAUCACCCGUUUCCGAGGCAUAGGAAUAACUGUACAGUCUAGUAAUUAAAUUGUGAGAUGGUCCUUAUAGAGACAGUGAUUCAUUAGUAUACUGUACAUGGGACAACUAAGCGGUUGAUGGGCUAGUUUACGCUAAAGUUACAUAUUUAGGACUUGAAAUAAUAACCUUUAGGCCACGCAAAAUGGCACAGUGGAGUGUGGCAAAGAAAGAUGGGUGCAUUCUGAUGUACAUUUCCUGUAUGACCAUCUGAUACAACAAUUAGGCCAGAAGUUUCCCCAUUACUGUCAUUAGCUUACAUCUGCAGUGCACUUUAGUUUUAGUUCAUUACAAGAUCUGGCUUAAUGGGAGCUUAAUGGGGUCAAUCGAUUCCACCUGGAACACUUCUGUCUACGUUUCAUUAUCGUCUAAACAAAAUGACACUUAUCUGCUCAUUGACAAUUCAAAGAUUGCAAGUUUCAAAGGUGACUUGGAGAUAACUUUGUUGCAUCUACGUCUAAUCUUGCAUCCAUUACACUAGCUUAAAAUUUGAGGUGACAAGUGUCACAUUUGUCUAGUCACGGCAGAACUACCCCCAAUGGACUCAUGCACAGCAUUCGUCACUUUACUAGUCGACCAGGGUCACAUUAUCUACCAUGUCCCUACUAGAGACCUACAUCAGCCACAGUGAGCAGGAAGAGUAGUUCAAUAGCAGGACGAUGCUCUCAGCAGGGUUAAUGACAAUACCUCACUAGUCUGAAGUACUGCAAUUGCAGACCUGCUUUACACAUGAAAUGGAAGACACCUUCGUCCAGAAACGUAUGAUCUUCCAAGAUUUCCUUUCAUAAAUAAAGUGCACCAGUAGAGGUCGAGUGACAAACGUCUUAUACGGCACGUUUGAGCAAGCAGGCCAAACAUCUGGUUUAAAGAGGUCAUUGUAUACGUGCUACUAAAACCAUACCUGAUCUUAUUCCCAGUCUUCAUUCGGAUCCACUGAGGGAUCGGCCUGUUCUGCUUCUGCUUCUUAGCAAGGAAGCGCUUGAUCUUGAACGUCUU